AUGGCAAUUUCAAAAUCUGUGCAAUGGGCUGGUAAGCCAACCUUUAAAAUCUGUGCAUCAGUUAUAACUCCACCGCCAUUAAAACUGGACACAAAUGGAGAGGGUAAAACAGAUGCAGCUGAUAAACAAAAUAAAAGGCGAGAAGACCAAUCGAAUACCGUGGAAAAGCAAACAAUGCAUUACAGGCAUUCAACAACGAGACUUUAA